AUGGAUCGAAGAGAUUUCCUUAUACACUGCAGACAAACGUUUAACGAUUGCUGUCGGCAACUACUAACAGACAACGUUGAACCCAAUGUAAUUCAACCUACAAUAACCAGGUUGGAAACCAUCAAGCUGAGUUUGGGGUGGGCAGCUGGACACCUGAUCACUGUGGCUGAAGCAGAUAAUUUCAUCCAGAUCAUCUCAGACUUCACCCAGGAGGUCCAGAACAAUAUACCUCUUGAUCAAGAUGUUCCAGGUUACCAAGCACCUAGGGUUUAUACUGGAUUGAGAGGACAGCCAAGAUACAACAUCACUGAAGAUCAGCUGGGAUUUCUUGUGUCGUGUGGCUUUACGGGGACUGAAAUAGCAGCCAUCCUGCAAGUCUCAAGAACAACAAUUAAAAACAGGCUUCGGGAAUUCAAUCUGACCCGGGCCAGUCAAUAUGCUCAACUCACCGAUGCUGAACUUGAUGACCUGGUAACCAGUGUCGUCGGAGCUAAUGAGCAGCUUGGCCCAGAGUCUGUCAGAGCCCAGCUGAGGGCAAAUGGUGUCCUGGUGAAGAGGAGUAGAGUGAGGAGCAGCAUGAUUAGGAUAAAUCCAAGGGCAGCUGCCCUCAGAGCCAUGUCCCACAGGCUUCACCGCAGGGCAUACCGAGUUGCUGGGCCAAACUCUUUGUGGCACAUUGAUGGAAAUCAUAAGCUUAUAAGAUGGAGGAUUGUUAUUCAUGGAGGCAUUGAUGGCUACAGUAGGCUUGUAGUUUUUCUUAAUGCAUCCAACAAUAACAGGAGCCAAAAUGUCAUGAUGCAGUUCAUGAAUGCCAUUGGCAGGUAUGGCGUCCCUUCAAGAGUGAGGUGUGACUUUGGUGGGGAGAAUAAUGACGUCUGCCUGUUCAUGGAAGUUUAUCGUGGAUUAGGCAGAGGGAGUGCCUUGAGGGGAAGGAGCACCCACAACCAGAGGAUCGAGCGGUUGUGGGGAGACGUCUGGCGUGGCAUAAACAAUGUCUACCAUGACCUUUUUUCUUUCCUGGAGUCAGAUGGCAUCAUAGACAUUGACAAUGAAAUGCACCUCUGGGCUCUACACUAUGUCUACCUGCCCAGAAUAAACAAGGACUUGAGACUGUUUUGCUCUCAGUGGAACAACCAUGGUCUGCGAACAGAGAGGAACCGUUCUCCAUUGCAGCUGUUUGUUCGGGGAAGCCUAGAGCUGCAGGGUAGGCCACUGACUGCAAUAAGAGACUUGUUUGCCAGGGACCUGGAGGGACAAGGAGCUGCUGGUGCUGGGAUUGGCACUUAA